AUGGAGGCAGAGGUCAACAAGAUGAAACUGAUGUUCCAGAAAGCUAACUCUGAUCCAGAUUACAUUCAGUACAGACCAGAAUAUGAAAUCAAGACUAAUCAUUCUGAGUCAGCAAGCAAGAAAAAUCCAGUUACACUCUUAAUGGAAUCAUUAGCAAUAAAGUCUCAGUAUCAAACUUUGCAUGCAUGCUUUAAGCCAUUAGCUGUUGGGCAGAAAGAGACUAAGAGCUGUGUUUGUGCCACUUUCCUUAAGACUACGACCAUAAUACAAGAACUACAAAAGCAAACAGACUUGGAGCUGUCACUGUGGACUAAAGAGAAAACUGUGGCAGAGCAAUUAAAAUCUCACAUGUCAGAGUUAUGA